CGUAUUUUUUGCACGUAUUUCGCCAAAAAAAAUUUCCGGAAAAAGUGAAAAAUGAAGAAAUGAGGAGGGGGGAAUUGAAAUUUUGAAGUUGUGAUUUUUGAAAAUUUUUUUUCAGAAUGACAAUAUCAAUACCCUAAAACGUGGGAUUCCGUAAAAAAAAAAACAUUAAGGGGGAAAGGUUCCGUUUACAUAUCCUCCACCGUCACAUGUAGUUACACUAGCACACUUCACAUUUUGAUUUACUUGCGAUUCUGCUAGCUGUACGGUAAAGUUCAAAACUUUGUAUCUACCGUUUCCAGUUCUCGGCUACAUUGCCUUCAAGAUUAAGCUCAUUCGGACGAUUAUUCAAUCCCACUGCUGACACCAUGUAAAUUGACACAACACAGGGCGCAGCCAUUACUUUGUGUUUAUUUACACAAUCUCGUGACGUCACACUUUUGUGUGCACAUCUUAACGUAAAGUCACUCUCAUUACACUAUUUCGUUGCGUAUUCUCAUACAGAUAUGUAAAAAGUACGUAACAUAUUUUCACAUUGUCUUCAUUAUCUAUGAUCCUUUGAUGGCCUGCAUAACCUCACAGUUUGAGUAUAACUCAGUCGCUAUUUCAGAAAUGUUAUCUGUGGAAGAUACUAUACAGCUAGGUGCCUGUAGAAUCAGUCUGAUGAGAGGUUUUGUAAACGAAGUUAUGAGAUUUUACUGUCGUUACUUCCAGUGCAGUUUACUUCUAAUUUUUCAGUAGACGAAACUGCAUGUUAACCACAUUGUAUGAACCUAAUAAAUACCAGAGUCUGAUGAAAGUUGCGUAGAUAUACCUAAGAAUACCCGGUGGAGUUUUAGAAUAGCUGUCCUUCGAAGUCCCAAGCUCCAUCUAACGCAGUAGAUGAGAACAAAUAACUGUUUUUAAAAUUUUAAUUUUUCAGAAUCGUAAUUUCCUAUGUAUACAACACGAGAAUGGUAAAAAAACAAAAUAGUCCAGAAAUACCAUUUUCCAUCCCCGCCGAAUACAUUAAUGUAAAAUGCCGUUGUCUGUAAACAAUGUAUCAAAUUUUUCAUGCCUGACGCUUUAAUAAAAGAAUUUGCAUGGAACCAUAAAGUACCGUUGUCACAAACAGUAUACGAAUUUUAUUGUAUACACAGCAUUUUACGUAUGGAUUCCCUCAGUAUAUUCACAUAGUAGACGUUUAAUAAAACAUUUUAUUGAAAUGAAUGCGAAACAUGUAUUCCCUUACUAUAGUGAACAACAUUAAAGAUGUUAAAAAGAAAAAAAAAAUGAGAGCAAGUGGACUAGGUUAUACGAAAGUGAAGCUGUGAUGUUCUAGAUUAGUUGAGUGUGUUAAGACCUGACAGUCAUUCAGAGGAGAUGCCUGAUAUCGUUCUCCACAGGUGUUCACCAAGUUGACAACAACGUGCUGUCACACACAGAAACUAACGAACGAAUCUUGACAAGUCAAUGAUAAGUCUGAGACCUUUUCCGAUUGAUUGCCCUUCGUCGUACCCUUUACAAAAAAUCAAACACUGUUCCGGGCUUUCAUCCCACUGUGCAGCACUUUGGAAUAUCUGGUGACAUUGAGAUGGAAAUUUAUCACCCCAAGAUGCCACAGUGAAUUUAUGAAAUGAUCAAGAACAUAUGUGAUGCUGUUUUUAAAACCUUGACUGAAUGACUGUGAAAUAUUUCCAAUAAAUGGAAAGAUUUCCUACCUUUGCUGGAGAUAAAUUGUAUGACUUGAGGAAUGUUCUAUAAAUAUUCAGUCGGAUUGCAUCUGAGGCAAAAUGGUCUUUGGAUAUUCUUGGGUGGUUUGUUCAUAUCCUGCUGUUGGCAUUUCAUUGUGUGAAUAAUUAGAGAACCAGUAUUAGGUAUUCGUGAUAUAUUUCAUGUCCCAGGUUGUAAUUUAUGUCUGUCCUCUUAUCACACUAGAAACAACACCUAGUCACAUCUCCUUUACUAACAUGGAAGAGCCUAAUGUAUUUGUUUUUGAAGUUUCGUUUAUAAAGUUUGAUAGCUAGAGAUUAUUUACUCUUCAUUUGCUUUCUGAUUUUUAAUUACAAUAUUAAACCCAGCAGAGGAAUCUAGCUUGUGUUUCCUUAUAGCUGCACCAACACCAAAUGUUGCCAAUAUUUUACAAAUUCUCUUUGCAAGUUUUACUUUUUAAGAAAAUAGGAUUUGAUACUUGUCAUUUGUUAGAAAUUUUCAAUGAAUAUUAAUCUUAAAAGCAAACCAACAAACAAGGCAUUUCUAGUAUAUUUUAUAGAAUACAGUGGAAAUUAUGGCAAAUAAGCUAUGUAAAAGCCAUGUUCACAGAGAAACUAAAUAUAAGAAUAAAGAUUUAUUUCAUGACACCCUGAGAGAUUCAAAAGAGAGACCAUAUCCAUGUGGUAUCUGUGGGAAGAUGUUCAUAAAAAGCAGUCACCUUACUGAACACAAACGUACUCACACUGGAGAGAAACCAUACUGCUGUGACAUUUGUGCAAAGACAUUUGCAAGAGUUAGUAAUUUAAUUCAACAUAAACUAAUUCACACAGGCUCAAAGCCUUAUCCUUGUGAAAUCUGUGGUAAAAGAUUUACUACAAAUAGUUCAUUGAACUCUCAUAGACGUAUUCACACAGGAGAGAGACCAUACCACUGUGAUAUCUGUGGUAAAACUUUCACAUCAAAUAGUACACUGUAUUCUCAUAAACGUAUUCACACUGGUGAAGAACCAUUUCGUUGUGAUAUCUGUGGCAAAACAUUCUCUGCAAGUGGAAAUUUAACAGCUCAUAAACGUACUCAUACUGGAGAGAAACCAUGUUCUUGUGAUAUUUGUGGCAAGAAAUUCACUUGCAAUGGUGAACUAGCUCGUCACAAACGAAAACACACUGGAGACAAGCCAUAUCAUUGUGAUAUCUGUAACAGAAAAUUCUCUCAGAGUAGUAAUUUAUAUAGUCAUAAAAGGAUACACACAGGUGACAGGCCAUACCACUGUAAUAUAUGUGGUAAAACAUUCUCUGUAAGUGGUAGUUUAUCUCGCCAUAAACGUAUCCACACUGGUGACAGGCCCUACUACUGUGAUAUCUGUGGUAAAGCAUUCACCGCAAGUGGUAGCUUAUCUAGUCAUAAACGUAUUCACACUGGAGAGAAACCAUACCAUUGUGAUGUUUGUGGGGAAACAUUCUCUCGAAAGAAUGCAUUAACAUGUCACCAACACCUCCAUACAGGUAAGAAACCACAUUGCUGUGAUAUCUGUGGUAAAACAUUCUCUCUUACUAAUCAGUUAACUCGUCACAAACAAACCCAUGAAGGAAGGGGUGCAUAUCACUGUGAUAUCUGUGGCAAAACAUUUUCAAUGAAUGCUCAUUUAUCUCGUCACAGUCGCGUUCACACUGGAGAGAAACCAUAUCACUGUGAUAUUUGUGGUAAAACAUUUGCUCAGAAUGGUGAGUUAUCCAGCCACAUACGUGUACACACAGGAGACAGACCAUACCACUGCGAUAUUUGUGGUAAAACAUUCUCUAAGAGUGGUAGUUUAAUUUGUCACAAACGUAUUCAUACAGGAGAAAAACCAUACCAUUGUGAUAUCUGCAAUAAAGCAUUUUCCAUAAGUAGUGAACUAUCUUGUCAUAAACGUAUUCACACAGGAGAUAGACCAUAUCACUGUGAUGUUUGUGGUAAAACAUUCUCUCAGAGAGGUAAUCUAUCUUGUCAUAAACGUGUACACACAGGAGAUAGACCAUACCAAUGCAAUGUUUGUGGUAAAACAUUCUCUCAGAAUGUUCACUUAUCUAGUCAUAAAUGGAAACACACUCGUGAUAGACCAUACCAUUGUGAUAUCUGUGGAAAAUCAUUUUCUCAAAAAGGUAAUUUAACUACUCACACACAAAUGCAUACCUGAAGACAAACUUUACUGCAAAGAUAUAUGUCAUAAAAUACCUUCAGUAAUAACACUGUCUGACAGAUUGCUUAUGGAGAACAUUCUUGCCAUUUCAGUUGUGUUUUCAAGGCAACCACUUGGUUUUUCAUAAAUGAAACAGCUAAGUCUUCUAGCUAUAAAGUGCAAAGAAGUUUGUGAGUAGAUUGACACCUUUUAUGUUCUGAUCUCUUUUCUUUCCAUGGGAACAUUACUAGACAAGACCAUUGCCACAAAUAUAGAAAAACCAGAUGAAAGUUCGUUAUUAAGCUGUCAUCUUGUUCUUUUUAAUUCGUAUCUGUAUAUUACAGGAACAAGUUUCCCGACAAUGAUUCUUGAGAAGUGCUUAUAAAUAUUUUCAAGAUGAGAUUUGUAAAUCAAUGCUUUUACUUUAAACAUAAUUUUAAUCUCAUCAUCCAAAUGAUUUCUUUAUGUGAACUAUUGCAUUUGUUAUUAUUAAAGUUAAAUCAUUGAAAUAGAGUUAUCUCUUUCAAACAAAAAUCAAAUAAAGCUGUGAAAUAUCAA